AUGGAACAGCACAUCUGGGUUGAUGAUUACCAGUUUCAAUUCUCUUCACAAUGUCUCAACGACUACAACCAUCGCAUUUCUCCCUCGAAUUCUCCAUCCGCCCAACUCUCUUCCACUCCCCAGUUGCGCGCGAAGAUCUACGAUGUUGGUGUCCACGAGUGUCCGCUGGAGUUUGAGAACGAUGACUUUGUUCUUCCCAUUGAGGGGAUAUGCGAAACACUUACUUCCGAUCAAAGCAUCAAGGUGGUGAUUCUUGCCUCACCUGGUAAUCCAACAGGGAGCUUGAUUCCCGUGAAACACAUUAAGCGAAUUCUCAAUCUCGAAACCUUCCAUGGUCUCCUUGUGGUGGACGAGGCAUACAUCGACUUUUCCUCUACCCCCGAAGACGCAUCUACGGUCCAGCUGCUCUCUGAAUACGCCAACCUGGUUGUUGUGCAGUCACUGAGCUAA